GCGGCGGAGGUGGGCGGGCGUCACUUGCAGAGCCAGGUGCGGCAGCGCGGCGGACGUGCUCGAUCGCGGCGUGCUCCUCGGCGGCCGUAGCCGAGGUCGUAGCGGGCCUGCCCGGACCGUGCGACGGCUGUGCGCCCAUGUGCUGAACAUGAGCUGCGCGGUGGCCAUGUACCAGCCGUUCCACGCUCCGUACUACCCGGCGCCUGCCGGGGCCGCCGGCGCCGGCGGUCGCCCCUCGCCCGAUGGCCCGCCACGGCACGGCAUGGAGGAGAAGCGCCAGCGCCUACACGAGCACCUGUACCGGGCGGGUGGAGCCAGCAACUACUCACUGAAGCCGUCGCCGUCCUCACCGCUGCCGUCCUCAUCGUCUCCCGUUAAUGAGGAGGAGGAGAAGCGGGACGUCAAGUACCUGUCCUCCAGCUGUAUGCUGGUAACUCAUUACGCCGGAAGCGCCUCGUCCGUGGUCGACGACCACUUCACCCGCGCCCUGAACGUGUCGUCUUCUGAUAAAGCGCCGGUGCCCAUGUCGCAGCGGAACUUCCCGGCCUCGUUCUGGAACAGCAACUACCACUCUCGGACGACACUGACCUCGCACGAGCUGUACGCCGACCCGUACCACGCGGCCUCGCUGGCCGGGCUCCACCAGUCGCCCGACUGGUACUACCCGAUCACCACGCAGGCGUACGGCCACAACUUCUCGUACGGCGCCGGCGGCUCAGCGCGCUACAACCAGUACCCCAGCCUCUUCCUGCAGUCUACGGCUGGUCGCUUUGGAAUGCAGCAGGGGCACAGUUUAGACCCCAGUAGCUACAGUUCCUACAUGUACUCAUCAGGCCUGGAAGGAACCUCCAUGCCGGAGACAGCCACCAAAGACUUGCACUGGUUCCAAUAGGCGGUGCGAUGAGCGGUCGAUGAGCUGAAAAACCGGAGCUGCAGGCUGGCCCGGUCAGACUGCGGUGCUCGUGGAGACGCCGCUGGUGCGGGCUGCCCAGCCCGCGGCGAGUGAUGUGAUCAGAGGCGUCCUCUCUCCUUGGUGAUUCUCAUGCUGGCUGGACAGCGAUACCUUGACCGCCUUCGAUGCGUGUGUCGAGAAGCUACAAGCGUCUCCAGAAGGUCUUGCGAUAUGCGGCGCUUCAGUGCGACGUGAGGUGCCCGUGCAAAUUGUAUAUAACGAAAAUACUAUCUUUCGUAGCCGAUAUCUCCAUUUGUAUCAUUCAUAAUGAGUAACUUGUUGUCUGUUUGGGAAUGACUUCGUGAAGGUACAAGUUCGAGAGCAUAGCUGUCGUCGAUGGACGGGCUCUUGGCGUCCAGACUUGUCCGUCUGUCGCCCGGUCUGAUGCCCAUGAUUUUGCCUCAGCAUGUCAACAUGUUCGCUAUCGCACAACAUGUCUCAUGAGCAUAUUCUGAUUGUGUUGUUUGAAUGGGUUGCUUCCAUUGCGGAAUUCUUAUAAUAUAUAAUAGACGUUUA